AUGUCUAAGACGAAUGUGGGGGUGCCAAUCUCAUUGCUACACGAGGGUGAGGGUCGCACGGUAACCGUGGAGCUUAAAAAUGGCGAGGUGUAUCGUGGUCAUCUGGUGGAAAGUGAGGACAGUAUGAACUGCCAACUGAGCGACGUAGUGCUAACGCAGCGCGAUGGGCAGAAGUCCAAGUUGGAGCUUGUAUACGUGCGCGGAUCUCAGAUUAAGCUGGUCAUUCUACCGGAUAUUCUUAAAAAUUCGCCAUUGCUGGGUAAAGUGCAGGCAUUAAGUAAGAAGAAUGAAGAUCAGAAGAAGAAGAAGGUUUCGGGUAAGUCUCAAGGCCGCAAAGGAGGUAAACGCACAGGUCCUGGAGCCAUGCGCAAGUAG